UUUUGUCUGCUGCGAGACAGAAACUCUGAAACCUUUGAAGGUUGGGUUGCAUAUGGCAAAAUCUCCCCACUUCAGAAUAUACAUAGGCAAACUCUUUUGUUGUUCUUUUGGAGCUAUGAAGAGACUAAACUUGAGUAAAAAGGAACAGUUGCUGUGAGCACUCACAUAGUUACUCUGUUGAUCGGGGGAACUAACAAAAAUUUUGAUUAAUCCCCAAGCCCUUCUGGAUUAUUACGGACAUCUAUCUCCACGGUCGACUUUGACCGCUCCGGUCGGUCAAUGUCGCGUUAUGGGGAUCUGCUUUACCGAUAAAUCAUUCUCUUUGAAGGGAUUCACCCCUGUCUGGAUAUAAACUCCCCUUGUUCAUUUGACAACUCUCCUUGAGGAAGACAGUGGAUGUUACUGUUCUGGUAUUUUUUUAAAUUUUGUAGCCGAGAGCAGAAGAAUCACCAUGCUAAGUAAUGCUAGAGUAUAUGCUGUCAAGAAGCGGAAGAAGCCCGUACAAAAAACCAAGAAAAUCCCUGCACCAGAUGUCGUCAAAACAAACCCAUCCAAACGCCACCGGGAUCGGCUGAAUGGGGAGCUGGACCGACUGACUGGGCUGCUACCAUUCCCUGAGGAUGUGCGCUCUCGCCUGGACAAACUCUCUGUACUCCGUCUGAGCGUCGGGUACCUGAAGGUCAAGAGCUUUUUCAAAGCAACCAUGAAGAAAAGCAGUGUCCUGUUUCCAGGUGGGAAUGGAAUGGACACCACAACUUUCUCAGAGGGAGACCUACUGCUCCAGGCACUGAAUGGCUUUGUGCUGGUGGUCACCGCUGAGGGACAUGUGUUCUAUGCCUCACCAACUGUCCAAGACUACCUGGGCUUCCAUCAGUCAGACGUGGUCCACCAGAGUGUGUUUGAGCUGAUCCACACGGACGACAGAGCCAUGUUCAGACGACAGCUUCACUUUGCCCUCAACCCUCAACCCUUUGACCCAGAGCAAGGAGGAGACAGCAUGGCAAGCAGCAGUGACAUCACAAGGAACAUUGUAACCUACAACCCUGAGCAGCUUCCCCCAGAGAACUCGUCUUUCCUGGAAAGGAACUUUGUGUGUCGCUUCCGCUGCCUCCUGGACAACUCCUCUGGCUUCCUGGCCCUGAACUUCCAGGGUCGUCUAAAGUUCCUCCACGGCCAGAGCAUGCUGGCCGAAGACGGUACCCACAGCCAGCCUAAGCUGGCCCUGUUCACUAUUGCCACCCCUGUCCAGACCCCGUCCAUUUUGGAGAUCAGGACCAAGACAAUCAUCUUCCAGACCAAACAUAAACUUGACUUCACCCCUACGGGCGUCGAUGCCAGAGGGAAGGUUGUCCUGGGAUACUCCGAGUUUGAGUUGUGUAUGCGAGGCUCUGGUUAUCAGUUCAUCCAUGCAGCUGAUAUGAUGUACUGUGCCGAUAACCAUGUCAGAAUGAUUAAGACAGGAGAGAGUGGUCUGACCACAUUCCGACUGCUUCAGAAGACUGGGUGCUGGGUCUGGGUUCAGGCCAACGCACGGCUUGUCUACAAAGGAGGAAGGCCAGACUUCAUCAUUGCACGCCAAAGAGCUUUAGUUAAUUCCGAGGGGGAGGAGCAUCUACGACAGAGGAGAUUGCAGCUGCCCUUCACCUUUGCCACUGGGGAGGCCCUGCUGUAUGAGACGGGCCCCACCCUGGACGCCACCGAGUUCCAAACAAAUCCCCCGAAAAUCCGCAAAGUAGAAUCUCUGGACCCCCAGUCUCUGCUGGGCUCCUUACUGAAGCAGGAUGAGUCCAUCUACAUCCAGCCCCAGGAGCCUCAACUUCCAAUAGACCGGGCAUUCAUGGACAGCCGAGCACUGACCAACGUGGCCUCCAACUCCUGGCAGAGUAGCGUGGAACCCAGCAGGGACAAUAAUGGCGACGACCCAAGGUUGGGGAAGCAGGAGGAGGCAGUGGUGGCCAUAAUCGAUGCCCUGGAGAAGAUGGAGCGCGACGGGGAACUGUGUGCUGCGCUGCAGGAGCUGGACGUGGACACAGCAGAGUUGAUGGAGUGGGAGAGCGCCCUCCUCAGGCUGAGCCAGGACACCAACCUGACCGUGAAUGGGGAGCUGGAUGACAUCAUGACCAACGAUAUUUUGUCUUAUGUGGAGGACGCAUUGUUCAAAGAAAGCAGCGAGGGCAGCUGUAACCAGCUCAACUGCUCCACCAUGGUCAAAAACUCUAACUCUAACCUGUUUACAGGGGUGCAGGUUAACAACAACAGCGGUGUGGGAACAUUCACAGAACCGCUGAGCGCUACAGGGGUUGGACCGUGCAAGCCUGGGUUGCAUGUAAAUCACAGCUUUGUCGAUAAUGUCUCGCCGGUGAAUUGUCUAAAUGGUCUGAGCCACGGUCAGGUAGUAGACAAUGGCCCGGUUGUUUCGGCAGGACAGAAACAGCAAGGGGCACAACAAUUGUUGAACGGCUCCCAGAGGCUCUCCCACUUCCGCCCCCAAAUCCUGGAAACGGACGUGAACAUCCCCCCCCUGCAGCGACUACAGCUCAAUGACAUCUUCACCCCAUCCCUGGUGCUCCCUGAGCUCCGUAUCCCAGAAAGCUCAGGCCAGAACGGGUCUUUUGGCAACCACACGGCUGGAUCCUGUGCUCAGGCACCAAACAAACACAUGGGAAGCCCUCAGGGUGAGACUGGCCAGGUCCACUCAAACCAUUCAUCUCCUCAGCAUUUCCCUCACAACGGCUUUCCAGCUAUGUCUCUGAAUGGACCACAGCAGUUCUCCGUUCCACCGUCCAACCAUGUCGCACCCAGUCUGGUCGAUGCUUGGGCGUCCGUGGUUCCCGGUAACGAAUAUGUCACGGGUCAGAAUGAAUCCGUCCAUCUCAAUCCAUCCAAUCACCAGCGAAAGGUUUGCCUGCAGGGAACCACUGCAUCGUUUCAGUCACUGAAAGUCCAAAGUGAGCAACAGUGGCCCCUGAACGAGCAGCAACAGCAGCUGCCACCCCCCACCAGCACAAUGCGGAACGAGCUUAUGCAGAAUGGACACACAUUCAUCCCAGACUGCCUGAGUCAAGCGACAGAGACCCAAAGAGUCCCUCUCACAGGCCUUUGGUCGCUCAGCACCAACGGACUUCACCAUCAGCCCCAGCAGGGGGGAUUGGCCAACGGCCAUCUUACUCCCUCCAGCAGCUGCAUGUUCGAGAACCUCCCGCCACCCCUCCCCAACGGGAACAGCCAAGUGGACGGCGCCAGGCUGGCCCACCCGUUGUCUGUGUGCCAGAGGAGAAUAGUGGACCCCCAGGACCGGAGUCCUCCCAAGGGAUCCUGUUACUUCCAGUGGGGCCUUAGUGAGCCGGUGGUAGGGACGUCAGCCGUCAUGCAGGACAACCCCGGCAUCACCUCCCCGUCUGGUCCGCUUGAGGCCAACAUCACCAUCCCCGAGGGCCUAGAGGCCAUGCAGCAGUACCUGGCUGGAUGCAAUGGAGUGGGACAGACACAGAUCUCAAGCAUCGUAGGCACCAAUGGACCAUUCUCCUUACCGCCCCUUGUCAACGGAGCCAUGUGCUUUACGGAGCACAACCAAACCAACUAUUGCGACUUCUAAACAUGCGGUGCGUUGCAUGCAAGGUCAAAAUGGCAAAGUGUUGUCUAUGCUUUCAUAGACAACACUUUGCCCUGCAAGAUGCCUUCGUGAGGGUCAUGAAGAGAAGCACAUUUUCAUCAGCAUGGGUGGUCGACCACACCCUCCAUCGUCUCAUAUGCGGGUUUGCAGGUGAUUACCCGCGUCGCUUCUGACAUUAACAGAACAAAAAGUGGCAAUUUUAAAUGGUUUUCUUUGUAUUAAUGCUGUGCCUGUUUUCGUUGUUGAUGUCUUUGUUUUAGUUACUGUGGAAGCAGUAUCUCUCAUCUAUCUGUUUUGUUGCCUUCAGUGAUAACAAUGAAGUAUGAAUUCUCACGGGAGCAUUUGUCUUGUGUUAUUACGGAAGCAAUACAUGGCUUUUUGUGGUCAUAACCAAUUCCCAAAGUAAUGAAGCAGGCCGCAUGCAUUUUUGAUUUUGUGAUUUGGUUUUUUGUGUGAUUAGUGAAACAACACCAUUCAGGUUUUCUCUUGUGGGAAAACAACAGAUAUUGUAAACAGAGAUUGAAAAUAGUAAUCAAAGGCUACAUUUAUGUAUGGAAUCUAAAUACAGAAAUGUCAUCUAUAUUCUUGUAGUAAGAUCUUAUGUAAGACUAUGUAAAUACACCCUUGUUUACGACUGAUAAACGUGACUGUCUAUGCUGUUUUUGUGCAUGUUUUUUGUAUUGUUGUUUUUGAGUCUUAGCUUGUUCUCGGGAAUGAAUGAAGCAGUGUAUAAAUAUACUUUCUGAGGAAAAGGUGAUGUAUUUCAUUGAAAUGUCUGCAUUUGUUGGAGAAUAGGCUAGAACCAUGCCUACCGAAACAUGUACAGUAUGAUUUACCAUGCAAGGCAUGCAUUUUCAGAUUAUACCCCAUGUAAUGCUAUUGGUAUCCAAAAGUCAUUACAAUUUGAAAAUAAUCUGAUAUAGUUGAUAAUGAUAUAUCAAUUGUAUUCAAUCCCUUUUUUCUUUGCUUUUGUUUUGGUAAACAUUAAAUUUGCUGUUAUCUGAAUUUCACUGAGCCAUUCACUAACUUGUUUUGGUGUUUCUUUUUUUACUGUGGAAUAAUCUGGCUCUUAAUACUGCAUCUAUAAGAGAGCUAGAAUUCCUCUUACAAUUAACAUUUUUAAUCAUAUUACUUUAGACAUGGGACUGGAAGUAGAACUUGAUGACCCGGCAUACUUAACUUGAACUUUGUAUUGAGUUCCAUGGCAGUUGAUUGAUGGCAGUAACAUGGCAGGUCCACUCAUUGCAAAGCAUCCCUGACACUAAAGUCUUCUGUCAUUCCUUUAAAUCCUGUCUUGUCUCCCUCAUAAGGCUCUAAGGUGGAAUCAAAAUGGCCACGCGACUCUGCUGCCAAACUGUACUUACUCUCAGUUCAAAAAGGCUGUGGACAUUACACAUAGUAAAGGGAGCUUAUGAAAAGUAUUGGGUGUAUUCACAUUUUGCUUUGCUUUUGAAUUGUAUUUCUCAAUUUUCUCCUGUGUUUUCCUUCAUCCAGCCGAAAUAUAAUCUAAUGGGUGUCAAGCUUUCAAAUGUGCCUACCUUGUUGAUAAUGAAAUGCUGAACGUUUCUUGUAUCAAUGUUGAUAUAAAAGAAAGGGAAAGGUGUACAGUAUAUAUCAACCCCUGCCAUAUAGCUAGCUAUUCUUUUAACAUACCCUGUAACAGGGCUGACUUUAACAUCAGACUGUUUCAGAGUAUACCAAUAUAUUAUAAAUAUUUAAGUUUUUGCAAUUAUUUUGUUGUAUCUUUGUCUAUUGUAUCGUUUGUUAUUGUCUUGAAGCCUUACAACAUAUGUUAGACAUGUAUUCGGUUCUAUAUUUGUUUCUACAUAAAUAUUUAAUUUCAUUUAGUUCACUUCUACUCAACUCAAUAUAGUGUUUGCAUUGUAUUGAUAAUUACCACCAUAGUUGUUUAACAAAAAUCUCAAUUGUAAAAUACAUUUUCAUAUAAAUAAAUAUAUUUUGAA